AUGGCGUCGUCUCCGCUUGACCCCUUCCUGCUGGAAAAUGGCUUCGUGGUCCUUGAUGGAGGGCUGGCCACAGAGCUCGAGGCACAGGGCGCAGACCUCACGGGCGAUUUGUGGUCCGCAGCUCUGCUCGCCGACAACCCGUCCAUCAUCCGCAACACCCACCUAGCCUAUUUUCGGGCGGGCGCCGAUGUCGCCACCAGCGCGAGCUACCAGGCUUCGUUCGAGGGUUUCCUGCGCAAGGGAAUAGGUCCAGAGCGGGCGGAGGAGCUCCUCCUCCUGAGCGUAAGGCUGGCGGUCGAGGCGCGAGACCAGUUUUGGGCCGAGUACCAAGAAGAGCGCCCUGCCUCUCGUCCUGCCCCAACGAAGCCGCAAACCUUACGACAGCCAUCACAACCAACGGCGACGGCUAUAGAAGAAGAAGAGAAUGCCAAACAACACCAACAGCCGGUCAGGGGGUCCGACGGACGACGACACCGACGACGACUGCGGCCGCUUGUCGCCGCCAGCCUUGGGUGCUACGGAGCGGUGCUCGCCGACGGUUCGGAGUACCGAGGGGACUACGUCGACACACCGGCGGGAAGCCUGAAGGAGUUCCACGCCAGGCGGCUAGAAAUCCUGGCGAGGGCGGACGGCGUCGACAUGGUCGUGUUCGAGACGGUCCCAUGCCUUGCGGAAGUGCGCGCCAUCCUCUCGCUGUUGCAGGACUUCCGCCCAAGAGUCAGCGCGGUGAUCAGCGUGUCGUGCAAAGAUGACCAGCAUUUGAGAAGCGGAGAACGCCUCCACGACUUUGCUGACCUCAUCUGGCGGCAUGCCGAAGAGCAAGAUGCCGCCGAGGGACCACCAGCGGUGGUGGCGACCACGACGACGACGACGACCCGGCCGGCGUGCGUCGCAGCCGUCGGGGUGAACUGCACAUCGCCAAGCCACGCCGCGGGGACCCUGCGGGCGCUAGCGGCGGCGAGGGCGAGGCCGGAUGCGCGUCACGGCGCGCCUCGGGAAACCCCGCCGUCCCGGGUCGCGCUUGUGGCGUACCCCAACAGCGGCGAAGAGUGGGACGCCAGCGUCAGGGAUUGGGUGGAAGGGACCGGAUUGCGUGAUAGGGAGGCAGGAGGAGGAGGAGGAGCGGAGGAGUUCGGGCGCAUGGCGCGGGACGAGUGGUUCGCCGCGGGCGCGACGGUAGUCGGCGGGUGUUGCAGGACUCGCCCGGCCCACGUUGCGGAGAUCCGACGGGCGCUCGCUUCGGCCGCGGAAGAAGGGGUGCAGGAGGGAGAGGGGCAGCAGCGCACGGGUUGGCAUCAAGAGCCGUCGUGA